UGGUACUCUCCGUCACUUGCUACGAUGUGGGUUCCAGUGUAAUUAAUCAACGGAAUUUACCCCUAAUCACUAAGCAACGCGCCUUCUCGCUCAUCUGACAUGUUUAUACAACCGCUGUCCCGGAACAAAUCGAAGGAGGAGACUCUACACCGGCAACUUCGUAAAUAAGGAAGUGAAGUUUUGUCUGAUUUUGUCAGGUAAAUAAUUGAUGGUUUUUUUUUUACCAGAUUUAUAUUGUUUUGAUAUUUAUUUUACAUAAACAUGAGUGCUAAACAAGAAUAUCAUAUUUCUCAAGAAGAAUUUUCACGCUAUCGUUAUGAUUUUGUAAAAUAUUUGAACGAUAUCGAAUCGUUUUUGGAUGAAGCUUUAUCCAAUGGUUUGUUAAAUGAUGAACACAGGAGCGUGAUAAUGGCCCACAGCAACCCUGACGACCAGCAACGACGUUUAUAUUCGUUUAUAUAUCCGAAACUACCGUAUGUGUCCGAUAAAUUGAUGUCGGCCUUGGAAAAGUCAAACCAGGAACUGAUAUAUAUUCUGUUCGACCCUUCAAUCUACCCGAUGAAAAACAAACCACACGGGCGUGUUAUAUUAAUAAAUAAUGUGAAAUUUGACGAUGGGAGUAAACUCCAGGAAAGAUACGGAAGCGAAAAGGAUGUGGAAGGUAUCACGGAACUUUUCAAGGCUUUCAACUUCGAUGUUCAACUUUAUUCAAAUAAAACAGCGAAAGAAAUGAGAAGAAUAAUUGAGAAAGCAUCGCAGGAAAGUACAGCCCGUGAAGAUUGUUUCGUCAUGUUCUUGAUGUCCCAUGGGACUGCAGGGAAUAUCGUUGGAACUGAUGGUAAGGAAUUGCCUUAUUCCACUAUUAACACAAUUCUACGAGAUAGUCAUCAGCUGAAAGAUAAACCGAAACUCCUUUAUAUAAACACCUGCGAAGCUACUUAUGUUGAUGUCGAUGUUGAAGACUUCUAUGUCACUUAUGCUACUGUUGCAGAGAUGCCGUCUCAUCGAACUGACGUGCGAGGCAGUAUUUUCAUCAAAAGUUUAAUCAGUGUUUAUAAAAGGCACCGAAAUGAGUGCGACAUCUCAUCAUUAUCAGUUAAAAUAAAUGCACAAGUUGCUGAGGAAAGCAAGGAGAUUUCCGUGGAUCAGGUUUCAAGUUGUUAUUCCACCUUGAAGAAAAAAGUGAUUCUUCGAGCCACAGAUUAACCUAAUUCUCUCUUCUCCUUCUUUCAUUAAAAUAUAAAGGAAAUUGAACAACAAUGGUAUGUACGUUAAACAUCUCCAUAGUGACCACUGUCCACUAUAUGAUAUGUCUAUCUAUGUAUUUCUUUCUUUUGGACGGACGCAAGUCAAAUGGGCUUGUUUUUUUAUUUUUGUUUGUUUGUUCCUUCUCGAGCCGUGCAAAAGAGCUUUCAACACUCACCCUACAGCCUGAAAAAAUAAUUUUGGUCCCAACCCACCUUGGACAACGCGUGACCAAAAUUUCGAUAAAAAAUGUCCCUCCAGAAGUAGAGUCACAAUGGCUGUUGUCAGCCAUUUGCUACAAAAUGGAGGAGAAUAUAAAUAUUCUUGAAUUUGCUGCCUUGGAGCAACAGAAUUGGUCGGGGAAAAUGAUUCAGUUAUUGAUGCAAAUAGAUCAAAACCAAAUCAAUAACAUCUCACACCAAACUGAGCUGCCAGACGGCAAUUUCCUUUACGUGGUGGUCGAGGGUGGGAGGCCUCGCUGUUACCUGUGUGGCAGCGAGGAACACCUAAGAAAUGAUUGCCCAACAACAAAAACCAGAACAAGAACAACAACCACAAGGAAAAAGUGCAAAGAAAAAAGAAACCUUACCACCCACACCUCUACACUCACGGAGUGGUUGGCGUUAGGAAGGGCAUCCAGCUGUAGAAACA